CCUCAGCCCUCACGAACGAUGAAUCCUUACAAAGAAUACAAAGUGUACGGCAGCAAGCUGCCAUCAACACAGGCCCCGUCCCCCCAAAUAUACGUCAUGCAGGUGUUUGCAAAGAAUGAGGUGGCUGCGCGCAGUACAUUCUUCCAUGUGCUCAAAAAGCAGCACAAGAUAAAAAGUACCAGCGGAUGCAUCCUAAAAAUUGUGCCUGUGGUAGAACAAAUAUCACAUGUCAGGCCGUACGGCAUACGCUUUACGUAUAGGUCAAAAAAGAACACACACAACAUGUACAAGGAGUUUAGAGGAGUGUCGCGUGUUGAUGUGGUCAACGACAUGUAUAACGACAUGGCAGGUAGGCAUAGUGUGGGAAGGACAGCUAUUGAUAUUGUUAGCGUUAAGGAGUUGAAUGAUGAUGAGAUACGAAGAGAGAAUGUGAAAAUUCUGGGUAACACAGAGAUUGAAUUCCCGGUUUUUAAGAAGUGUUUGGCAAGACAGGAGAAUUUCGUUGAGGAGGGCGGAAAGUAUUUCUAUUAAAUGAGGAUUAUGGCGA